UCGCCGUGUCGUGUUUCUCCGCUCCGCUGGGUGUCAGUAGCGAGCGCCGCUUUCUUUACCGCGCUUCCGUCCUCGAGCGGCCAUCACGCUUCUGUCAUUGCAGCGGCUUGAUCCUUCAGCAGUAAGAGCAGAAAGAUGGCAGGUCGACGUGUAGCUUUAAAGGCCAUUGACUGGGUGGCGUUUGCGGAGAGGGUCCCGCCGAACCAGAGGGCCAUGUUCAACAGCUUGAAGACCCGCAGUGAUUCCAUUGCAGCAAAACUUGCAUCCUUGCCAGAGAAACCCGCCACCAUCGACUGGAGUCACUACAGAAGUGCUGUGGCCAAAGCAGGCAUGGUGGAUGAGUUCGAGAAGAAGUUCACUGCAUUGACGGUGCCUGAGCCAGUGGACACUCAGACAGCCAAGAUCGAUGCCCAGGAACAGGAAGCCAGUAAAUCUGCUGCUGCUUACUUGGAAUCAUCUAAAGCUCGCAUUGCGGAGUAUGAGAAGGAGCUUGAGAAGUUCAGGAACAUGAUUCCUUUCGAUCAGAUGACUAUAGAAGAUUACAACAACACCUUCCCAGAGACCAAGCUGGACAAGGCGAAGUAUCCAUACUGGCCGUACAAGCCCAUUGCCGACCUGUAAUUUAUUAGCAGCGCCCAGAGCUUCGGCCCCGUGUCUUUCAGUCUGAGGGUGCUCUGUAUAUUCUGUUAAAGUAAUGCUUCUGCUGUAGAAGUGAUUCCAAUAGUGAAUGACUCAUUGCUCUUUUAUUUGUGGAGAAAAAUAAAAAAAAUAAUAAUUGUUUAA